UAGUACAGCGGUAACUGAGAUGCUGGAGUCCUGGGAGACCGCGCUGUGCCUCUCCCUGCCAUUCCUUAGGUCUCCGCCGCUCCGGAGUUGUAGAAAUGCCUCAACCGAAGCAGAGCAGACAGGGCCCCAGGGAACCGUAGUAACUGGGCGGCCACAACCACUAGGGGACUUGACGGCAGCGUCUGACAGCGAGCAGCCAGACAGCCGUUGGGCGGCCCUUUACGCGGAGCGCACGCGCAAAUGCUGGGCCUCAAGGCUUCCGUAAACACCAAAGAGCGCCUGCGCAAACGGAGCGCCUCGGGAUGGACACGAGGGGGCGCCUUAGCAAAGGUCCCUGGAAGGUGGCGUCAGCAUCUGCAGCCGCGUCGACGUUGUUGGAGCUUCCGCGGAGGACCCAGGAGAGCCGGACUAGGACCAGGGCUCUGGGCUUCCCCAUGGAGAAGUCAGCUGCCUCAACUGAGCCCCAGGGGCCUCGGCCAGUCCUGGGCCGCGACAGCGUCCAGGUGCCCGACGACCAGGACUUCCGCAGCUUCCGGUCAGAGUGUGAGGCCGAGGCGGGCUGGAACCUGACCUACAGCAAGGCCGGCGUGUCUGUGUGGGUGCAGGCUGUGGAGAUGGAUCGUACCCUGCACAAGAUCAAGUGCCGGAUGGAGUGCCGUGAUGUGCCAGCAGAGACGCUCUACGACGUCCUACAUGACAUUGAAUACCGAAAGAAGUGGGACAGCAAUGUCAUUGAAACUUUUGACAUUGCCCGCUUGACAGUCAACGCUGAUGUGGGCUAUUAUUCUUGGAGGUGCCCAAAGCCCCUGAAGAAUCGUGAUGUCAUCACCCUCCGCUCCUGGCUUCCCAUGGGCACUGAUUACAUCAUUAUGAACUACUCAGUCAAACAUCCUAAAUACCCACCUCGGAAAGACUUGGUCCGAGCUGUGUCCAUCCAGACGGGCUAUCUCAUCCAGAGCACGGGGCCCAAGAGCUGCGUCAUCACCUACCUGGCUCAGGUGGACCCCAAAGGCUCCUUACCCAAGUGGGUGGUGAAUAAAUCUUCUCAGUUCCUGGCUCCCAAGGCCAUGAAGAAGAUGUACAAGGCGUGCGUCAAAUACCCUGAGUGGAAGCAGAAGCAUCAACCGCACUUCAAGCCGUGGCUACACCCAGAGCAGAGCCCGUUGCCGAGCCUGGCGCUGUCGGAGCUGUCUGUGCAGCACGCGGACUCGCUGGAGAACAUCGACGAGAGUGCGGUGGCAGAGAGCCGGGAGGAGCGCAUGGGCAGCGCGGGCGGCGAGGGCAGUGAUGAUGACACUUCGCUCACCUGAGCACGGCACCACGGCAGGGACCUAGACAAGACGGGGCGGAGCCCAGGGGUGGCGGAUCCUCCCGCGCUUUCUCCCCUCCCCCAUUGCUUGCGCCUCCUGGGGACGCUGGGCUCCGGCCCAGGCUGGCGCUGCGGCGUGGCUGCACACAGCCCCAAUAAACGGUCCCACAGACUCA